AUGAAGACUAAACCCGAAUCAUACUUAUCAUUAGUAUUUCUAGUUUUCAUAAUAAUUGGUUGGAAUACAAAUGGGGUAGAAUCUUUUACGCCCCGACCACGCUUUCAACAUAGCAGUGUACUUUCCGAUUCCAAGUUAUUUAUACUAGGUGGUAAAUAUGAAGACCAAGGGGUAUCGUCCGAGAUAUUUUAUAUAGAUCUAUCUGAAUCUUUUAAAACGUCAAAUAUACCGUGGAAGAGUCUUUCCCCUAUUCCGGUUCAAAGCUAUUGCGCAGCAGCAGCUACCAGUGGCCAAGAUAAUUCGAUAAUUUAUCUUUUUGGAGGAAUUAUGAUUGAUCCGAUAACUUCCAAUCCAAGUUUCAAUAGUUUGAUCUAUGCCUUUGACAUUAAAGCAGAGACAUGGAGCAUUCCGAUUAUUCACAGAAAUCAACCUUCCGGACGUUACGGCAUGUCUGCCGCCACCAUUAAAAAUGCAAAAAUUUACAUUUACGGGGGAGUGUCUGAUCCAUUAACCGGAAGCAAUUCAACCAUAUAUCCUCGAGAAAUGAACAUAUUGGAUUCCAUACAAUCUUCGUGGUUAUUGGAUGCCUCUGGUUCAAAUUCACCAUCAGGAAGAAUUUAUUAUUCCGCUACGAUGCUUUCGAGUGGGAUCAUAUAUUAUAUUGGUGGACUUGAACAAUCGACAAAUUCCUUGAAUGUCACAAACAUCAAUCUGACUGCUUCUGGCAAUGGUAUUCAAAAUAGAUACGCGCAUACCGCUGUAGCUACAACCGACAAUAAAAUAAUAAUUUACGGUGGGGCCACUUACCCCGAUGGUUCUGGUGUUGCCCCGGUUCUUGCAGUUUUAUAUAUAUCCAAUUUUACGUGGUAUGCACCAAGUGUUACGGGAAUGAAUUCACCUCCCCAGUUAAAAUAUCACACAGCUGGAAUCAGUGGAAAAUAUAUGAUUUUGGCAUAUGGAAACAUAACAGAUUCGAAUACUCUUAAUCCAGAAGUCUAUAUUGUUGAUACGAAUAAAUACAGUUUUGUUACCGAAUUUAAAACACCUGGGUCAGGUGAUGAGGAUAUUGAUGUGGGAAAAAUUUUUGGAAUAGUGAUUGCUGUGGUAACUUGUUUAUUAAUUAUUGUUCAAGUAUGGUAUUUUGGAUUCCAUCGAAGGAGAAGGCAGUCUCAAGAACCCGAACUUGUUCGACCACAUCAAUCAACUCAACCAAGAAACGACGAUAUUGUCACACAUCAAUCAAUUCAACUAAGAAACGACGAUAUUGUCACACAUCAAUCAACUCAACCAAGAAACGAUAUUAUUGUCCCACAUCAAUCAACUCAACCAAGAAACGAUAUUAUUGUCCCACAUCAAUCAACUCAACCAAGAAACGACGUUAUUGUUCCACAUCAAUCAACUCAGUCAAGAAAUGAUGUUAUUGUCCCACAUCAAUCAACUCAGUCAAGAAACGAUAUUAUUGUCCCACAUCAGUCAACUCAACCAAGAAACGAUGUUAUUGUCCCACAUCAAUCAACUCAGUCAAGAAACGACGUUCGGCAAACAGAGUCACAAAAUUUAUCGACACCGAGAUAUCAUAAUAGUUACCCAGAAGAAGGAAGCAUUCAGCCCAUUCAUCCUACUCAACUUCAGUCUUAUGACUAUGUAGGAACUUACGGUGGAGAUGUUCAGGGUCAACAUCCAUCACAUUAUUACCAGAAAUCUGAUCCGAUUAUAAUUCGAGCUCAACAAAAUAUACGGAAUAAUUCCAUCCCAUUGUUAGCCCAAGCAUACUAUCCUAGAGAGUCUUUUCGUGCCGAUCAGGAAACCCAUUCAUUUUCGCGUACACAUAAUCCUGUGGCGAGUUCAAGAUUAAAUGAUUCUCUUGCUGGUUCAAGCUCACAGGGUGAUGGACGUAAUACAGCACAUCCAUACUUUGAUGGCCAUGACAUUUAUUUGAACGAACCUAAUUAUCGAACGAACCCUCACAUUUAUCAAUCCUAA